AUGCCCGCCAACUCUGAGAAGGAGCACCUGUCCAUCGUCAUCUGGGGCCAUGUCGACAGCGGUGCGAGCACCAACACGGGGCGCGUCAUCUUCGAGCUGGGCGGGCUGCCCGAGCGUGAGCUCGAGAAGCUGAAGGCGGAGGCCGAGCGCCUGGGCAAGGGCCCCUUCGCCUUCGCAUUCUACAUGGACCGCCAGAAGGAGGAGCGCGAGCGCGGCGUGACGAUCGCGUGCACCACCCAGGGUCUGGCUUGGGCUCGGAACGACAAUGUCGACAAGCUGGCCGCCCUGGUCCGGAAGGCGCAGGGCUUGCAGUGGGACAUCGGCUUCUUGAGCGACGUGCACACUCGAGAGCCGGCGACGGUCUGUGUGGAGCAGUUCACGCUGCUUGUUGGGCACCGUACGGCGUUCAUCAUGUCCCACUCGGCUAUGAAGGCGUGGCACGCGGCUGGCAGUCAGCAGUGGAGGGUCGGCGAGCACGUGCUGGCCAUCACGCUGCUCAUGAAGGGGGUCCUGUACGCGUGCCUCUGCGUCUACCUGCCGUCCAGUAGACAUCACGAUCUUCGGCGGCAAGUCGUGGCGGAUGUCGAUUCUGCGAUUGGUCAGCUUCCUCAGGGUGCGGUCGUAAUUUUGUCGGGCGAUCUCAACAGCCACAUCGGCGAGGAUGCUCUUCCGAGCCCCCACGUCGGGACCCACAGGCUCUCGACCCCUACCACGGCCAGCGGAUCGAUGCUCCAGGACUCGCUGUCUGGCCGCAAGUUGCGGCUCGCGGAUUCUUUUGCUCCUAUCUAUUCUCGUGGCACCUGGCAGCACCCGCCGACCAAAAAGUGGUACGAGCUGGACGUCUUCUUGGCAGAUCCUCGGGCCUCCAGGCGCAUGCACGGUUGGAAGGUGUUCCCGGCGAGCUUCUCGGACCACCACGGCAAGCUAUGCCGUCUGACGCUGGCUGCGUCGAUGAAGAGCCGCCGUCGCUUCCGCGUGGAGCGCCCGGAGCGGCCACGCCCGCUGUCAGUCUCGAGGUUCAAGGGCCGCUCCCCGGAGGCGAAGCAGCUGUGCGACGACUAUUCUGCCAAGACCGCCGAGGCCAUGCAGCAGGCACCGCCGGACGGCUCCUGGACAGUCUUGGCGGGCAUCAUGGUGAAGGCUUGCGAGGACACGGCCGGGCGCGACCCUGAGCGGAUCGGGCUACCAUACCUGGCGGGCCACGCCAAGGAGGCCAUCAAGCGGCAUGCCGAGAUUGAGCGCCUGCUGACAGCGGUCAAGGAGUCGAAGGAUGUGCCGACGGCGACUCAGGCCCGAACCACGUUACGACAGGCUCGCGCUGCUCUCAAGCGCGACAAGCGCCGCUGGAAGGCUCAGUGGGUCAGCUCUGUCUGUGGAGAUCUUGAACAAGCACUGCACUGGCAGGACAUGGGCAGAUUUUAUCGUGGUCUGCGGUCUCUCGGGGUUGAUCUUGCCAAGUUCUCGACGCGGGGACAACAGGAGUUCACGUCUGACCAGAUCGCCGAGCAUUUCGCGAAGAUUGGAGCUGAACCCAACGAGGUGGAUGUCGAAGCUCUUGAGUUGCCGCCGCCUCGGCCGAAGUCCUUCGGCUUGGGUGAACCCCCGGAGGAUGAGGAGAUCGACCUUGCCUGGCGCAAGAUGCGUCCCAGCGCCGCUGGCCACGACGAGGUCCGCAUCGAGCUGAUCCGACUGUCGGCCCCAGAGAUGCGGGCAGCGCUGCGGGACCUCGUUCGCCGUCUCUGGACAACACCACCGGAGGAGUGGGAGGAGUCCGUCAGCGUGUCGGUCGGCAUUGCCCUCUUCAAGCAGAAGGGGUCCAAGAAGAAUUUGGACAACUACCGGUUGAUCUCUCUCUUGACGUUGAUCUCUCGCACGAUCGCCCGGAUUGUGUCUCAACGCCUGUCUGCCUACGGGGAGUCCGUUGGCCUCUUCAUCAAUGAGCAGUGGGGCUUCCGCAGCCACCGCGGCACUCUCGAUGCCAUCUUGCUCGUGCGCCUGAUCGCAGAGAUCUCUACGAGGGGCCUGCUGCCUCCGGAGGCCAAGAGGGUGAUGCUGACACUGUUCGACAUCAAGAAGGCUUACGCUAAUCAGUCCCUGAACGGGCUCUGGGCGGUCCUCGACAACGUCGGGGUUCCCGAGUCUCUCCUGCAGGUCAUCCGCGGGCUGAUCGAGCAGACGCAGUACAUCGUCCGCACGGCGGACGGCGACUCUGAGCCGUAUUCGCUCCAGCGGGGCCUCCGCGAAGGCUGUCCGGCCUCGUGUGUGGAGUUCAACAUGUACCACAACGUGGCGCUGCAGCAGCUCGAGAAGACUCUCCUGGCCGAGCUUCCACCAGAAGCAUUCGUGACCUUCAAGCAAAUGAUCGGCCAGCGUCUGGACAAGUCUCGGGGCAAGCUUGGCCGUUGUCGCGUGCUGGAGAGCGCGGAACUCUUGCGGGCCAUGCCGGUGUGUUUCGCCGACGACACAUCCCUGCUGCAUCGGGAGGACUUUCGGGCCCAGAUCCUGGAGCUCACGACUCGGGUCUUGGCUGUGUUCGGUGAGACGGUGCACCCAGGCAAGACGGAGAGCGUCGCUUUCGGACGUCAUACUCCCGGCGAGCCGCCGAUUCCUGACGACUGCGUUCGGGCCGCCAAGCUGCUGGGCUCCUGGUUUGACUCUCUCAACGAUAUGGCCGACGAUUCUUACCACCGCUUGGAGAAGGCAAAGAGGAUCUGGUGGAGACUGUACAAGCAGCUGCCGCGCCUGAGGUUGAGCACUAAGCACGUGCGUCAGGUUCUGCAAUCUUCGGUGGUGGGCAGCCUGCUGUAUGCUUGCGAGACAAGGGCGUUUUCGCAGCGGGAGCUUGACCAGUACCAGGUCUUCCUCGACAGAGUCGUCCGGAAUGCCACUCACACCAAGAUGACAGACAUGAAGGGCACCAGAACCAUGACUGACGUUCGGAAGGGGUUUGGCAUCGACAGUGUGCGAAUCAUGGUAGGCAGCAGGCAGCUCCGCUAUGCUGGCCAUGGCGCACGCCUCCCAGAGAGCAGGACGGAAAGGCGGGCCCUGUGGGUCUGGCUGGUGCCCGGUGCUGAGACGACGUCUGGCUCGCAGAAGACCAUCCGGGGCCAGUGGUGGGCACGGAUUCAAGAGCUGUGUGCGCUGGAAGGCGUUCUGGCGAGUCAGUGGGCGACUCUGGCCUGCGAAGGAUCUGGCACGCCGCAGAAGGGUGAUCGCUGGAAGGCUGCCAUCAAGAAGUGGGUCGAGGCUCAGCGGGUCAAGGAGGCUGCAGACACCGAGGAGGGACGCCGAGCUCGGCGCGAGGCCGCCGCCCCGGAGCGAGCGCGCGCCGCCGAGGCUAUGACACAGGCUGCUCGGACUGCGACUGGCCUCUACGUGUGUGGCAUCUGUAGUCGCGAGCUGCCUCAGAAAACUUGGAAGCAGCAUUUCUUGGCGUGCGAAGCUCGGGCGAAGGCGGGCCGCCGGCCGCCGAGGGUGCAGGCCCCGCAGCAGUGCGAGUAUUGUGGCAAGAUGUUUGUUCACUUGCGGAUCCACUACUCGUCAUGCUCGAAGCGUGCCGGCCCGGUGCUCCACGCGCGUAGCCAGGCCGGGCAGCGGGUCCAGGCCAAGGCGCCGACGAAGGCUGGCCCACCGCUGGCUGCUCCUGCGCCCUCGCGCCGGCUGCGUCGCAAGACCCCUCCUCCGCCCGUUCCACUGGGCCGGGUGCCUCUGGCAGCACCGCCGCAGCCGCCGCCACCUGCGGCCGCCCCGCCGAGGCGCCGCCUGCGAGGCAAGACACCGCCUCCGCCGAUCGCCAAGGGAGCGCCGGCGGGCGCCCGGCAGCACGUCCUUCCAGCUCGUGCACCGCGGGCCGCACCUGCCCCGCGGCCACCGCCUGCGCCUGUGAUGCCUCCGCCACCGCCGCCGGUUCCGAAGGCGAAUCGCAAGGCCGCCCGGCUCGUCAUCUCCAAGACGCGCGGGCAAAAGGCGAUGCAGAAGCUCGGGGCUGUGAAGGCCAAGACUCGCACUUAUCAAUAUCUCUAUAUCUGCCCAUACUGUCACAAGGAGGUCAACAACGCCCACAUCCAGCAGGGCCAGUGCGACCAGGCGCCCUUCGAUGUGUGGCGCUCGGCUCGUUUGCGGAAGCUCCAGGCCGCUGCGGCCAAGAGCGGCCCGCCGAUGGCCGAGUGGCAGUUACAGUGUGCACAUUGCGGCCUUCCUGCUGUCCGGCGGCCCAGCGCCGUCAAGCACAUGGCGACGUGCCGCGCGAAGCGACUGCAGGCCGAGCUGCCCUGCGACCAGUUCCCGGUCGACCGCCCCGGGCUGGCAGCCUCGCCGGUGCUGCGGGCCGGCUCCUCCGGGGGCGUCUGCGGCACUUCUGGAGUGCAGCUGCACCGCCGCUCACUCGCUGGGCAGACAGGCGGCACUUGCACCACCAAGGAGUUCUACACCGAGAAGAGGCACUACACCGUCAUCGAUGCCCCAGGCCAUCGCGACUUCAUCAAGAACAUGAUCACUGGCGCUUCCCAGGCGAACGUUCCGUUCAUCAUGGUCCUGGCAGACGGUAAUUUCACCACCGCCAUCGCCAAGGGCAACCGCAAGGCCGGCGAGAUCCAGGGGCAAACUCGCCAGCAUUCCCGCCUGAUCAACUUGCUUGGCGUGAAGCAGAUCUGCAUCGGCGACAACAAAAUGGAUUGCGAGACCGCUGGGCCUUGCACACCAAUCUCCGCAAGUGCGGUGGCAGACAAGCAGUCCCGCUACGACGAGAUUGCCAACGAGAUGAAGAGCAUGCUGGUCAAGGUCGGGUGGAAGAAGGACUUCGUCGAGAAGGGCGCGCCUGCGAUGCCUAUCUCUGGCUGGAUCGGCGACAACCUGCUGAAGAAGUCCGACAACGUGGGCUGGUGGAAGGACUGCGAUGUCGAGUACGGCAAGGAGACCAUCCACGUGGACACCGUGCACGACGUUUUUGACGUCAUGUGCCGCGUGCCAGAGAGGCCCACCAGCGCCCCAAUGCGGAUGCCGAUCUCUGGCAUCUACAAGAUCAAGGGUGUCGGCGAUGCGCUCGCCGGGCGCGUGGAGCAGGGCAUGGUGAAGCCGGGCGAGGAGGUUGCGUUCUUGCCCGCGCGCGCCGCUUCGAACCCGUGCACCGACAAGGUGUUCACCGUGGAGAUGCACCACCAGCGCGUGGACUUCGCCAACCCUGGCGACAACGUUGGCCUGAACAUCGAGGGCCUGGACAAAAACAACAUGUCCCGCUCGGGCGACGUGGUGGUGUACAAGAAGGACACCACCCUGGGUCAGACGAAGGAGUUCGACGCGCAGAUCCAGGUGCUGGACAUCCCCAACGAGAUCAAGGUCGGCUACUCCCCGAUCGGCUUCGUGCGCUGCGGGUGCGCGGCGUGCCGCAUCAGCAAGCUGAAGUGGAAGAUGGGCAAGGAUACGGGCGGCGAGAAGACGGAGGACCCCCGCUCCCUCAUGUCCAACGAGAUGGCUCAGUGCAGCUUCCAGCCGCAGCAGCCGCUCGUGCACGAGAUGGGCAGAGUAGCUAUCGUUACACAUGGAGACGCUUUCCACGAUGCCCUUGAGAAUUAUGAUACCGAUGCUGCCUGGCAGGUUGCAG